AUGGCCGCUCUCCCCCAGAGCGAGGCCAACUCACCCUCGUCUCUCCCGCGCGACGACGACAGCCAGGCGGACGUGGGCCAGUCGGCCGCGAAGAAGCGCCGCACCGCCGCCUCGUCGCGUGGCGUCGCCAACCUCACCCCCGAGCAGCUGGCCAGGAAGCGCGCAAACGACCGCGAGGCCCAGCGCGCCAUCCGCGAGCGCACCAAGACGCAGAUCGACCGCCUGAACCAGCGCAUCCGCGACCUCGAGAGCCAGCAGCCCUACCACGACCUGCAGCUGGUCCUGCGCGAAAAGGACGCCAUCCAGGCCGAGAACGCCGACAUCAGGAAGCGCCUCGAGAGCGUCGUGAGCCUCAUCCAGCCCAUUCUGCGCCCACCACCCGGCCUCGAUGAGCUGGCAGCAGCCGCAGAGCGCUCGCCCCUCCCUCUGCACCGCAAAGCCCCCGCCGCUCCCUCCGCUCCCCUCGACCCUCGCCACGUCCACGCCACCCUCCACGACAUCGCCGCCGCCUCAUCGCCCCAGAGCGGCCCGCACUCGCCCGCUGCCACCGACGCCUCGCGCCCGUGGCCCUACCACCCCUCGGCCCCCGCCACCCACCUGCGCGCCUACGCCCACGCCCACGCCCACGCCCACGCCCACGCCCACGCCCACGCCCACGCCCACGCCCACGACAGCCCCGCCUUCGACCACCCGCGCUCCGCCCCGCCCCAGAUACAGGAGCCCUACGACGAGCGCAUGGGCGUCGACUUCCUGCUCGACAACAACCACCGCCGACCCGUCGACCCCAACCUGACGCCCUCCCACCAACAGCCCCCCGCCAACGUGUGCAGCAACGGCCAGGCACAGUAUGCGCCCAACCUGGUCCCCCACCUCACCCUCCCACGCAACAUACCCCCCACCUGUCCGCUGGACGUCAUCCUGCUCGAGUUCCUGCAAGACCGCCAGGCACGAGCGGCCGAGGGUGUCCCUGUCAAGGCCCUGGUCGGCCCGCUGUACCCAAACUUCACAUCGCUCCUCUACCCAGACCGCGUCGUCGAUGCCCACCCGCUCUCCAAGCUCUUCACAGACAUCUUGCGCACCUUUCCAGACAUCUGCGGCUACCCGGAGCAGGUCGCCAUCGUCUUCAUCAUGUUCCUCGUCAUGCGCUGGCAGAUUGAGCCUACGCAAGAGAACUACGACCGGCUACCGCACUGGGUGACUCCACGUGCUAGCCAGCUCUUCACUGCGCACCCCUGCUGGAUCGACCAUCUGCCUUGGCCCCGCCUCCGCGACCGGCUCUGCGCUCACCCGCCCUUCCUAUCCUUCGACACCUUCUUCAUCCCCUUCACCACCACCGUCUCCCUCAACUGGCCCUACGAAGCCCGCGACUGCCUCCUUCCCGCCUCCAAGAUCCACUCCAACACCCUCUCCACCACCUCCUCCCUCCCCGCCAGCUCGCCCUUCUCGACACACGUCAAUGCCGGUUCGCCAGCUGGGCCGCACACGCCACGAGCCGCAGGCACGCCCGCCAGCCUGCCCACCACCCUGCCGAAAGACGACGACCAGUGGCUGAUCAACCCGGCCUUUGAGACCCACCUGCGGAACCUGAACAACUGGACUCUGGGCCCGACUUUCAGCGGCACCUUCCCCGUCCUGGCCGACGCUGUCAAGAUCAAGGAGGGCCGAUGA